AUGGCGACUGAAGCGGAGAAGUCAGCGGUGGACCAGGGACACACCGCUGAGAGUUCGAUUGCUCCGCCUCCGGCCCCAGCUGCCGCGGUUGCUGUAGCUGCUCCUCCCCUGCUCCCCCCGGCUCCCCCUGUUGUUGUUGCGCCAUCCGUGGUUCCCGUCCCGCUGUCACUGGCUCCCCCGCCAAGUCUUCCGCACAAAGUUCCGGUGUCCGGCGCGCCGGUUCCCGUUGCGUCGCCGUCGCUCGUGGCGCAGCCGCCCGCCCAAGCUGUCUCUGGAGGCCCUGUGCUGGGGACAGCGGUGGUCGCCGGCCCCGAUUCUGCCCACUUGGUUGCCCCUUCGGCUGCGCCGGUGAAUCCCGUCGCGCAGCGGCUCGCGGAGUCCCAGAUACGCGCUCCCGUUGGGGGCAAUGCGGCAGCGCAUCGGGGGCGAGGUUCUCCUCGGCGUCGCCCCUCGUCGUCAUACCGUUCGGCGCACCGCGGAGGUCGCGGUGGCUGGUGGGGAGGUCACGUUCGCGGGCGCGAUGGGCCGAGCGAGAUGCAGCAGCUCCGGGAGGAUUUCCCGGGGAUGCUUGCCGCGGCGAUGCGCAACGUCCUGAAUGGCGCGCCGGAUCUUGGUAGCUCCCCGGCUCUUGCCCCGUCUGCGCCCGCGCCUGCUCCUGUGAAUGCGCAGGUCCCGGCCGCGCCCCUUGCUGCACCUGCACCGCACGCAUCUGCGUACCCACGGGCUCCUGCUCGAGGCGAUGAUUGUGCUCCUCCCGCCCGCGGUUGUCCUGUGUCUGCGUCGCAGUAUCCGCCCCUGCCCUGGAUUCCCCCUCUUCCGGACACGAGAUUUGUGGGAGCGGGAGGCGGAGGGGCGAGGGGGGCCUUCGUUCCCCCGCGUCGCGAUGCGGAUGCUCCGUCCGUGCAGCCUCCGCCCCCUCUUCCCAUACUGCCUGCCGCGUUGAGGACUGGGCCUCCUCAGCCUCCUCGCGAAGUUCCUCCUCGCCGCCUCUCGCGCUCUGACGUAUCAGCCUCUCCGCGUUUCUCGCGAAGCCGCUGGCUCCUGUGCGGCGUCUGUUCGUGCCCCGCGCACCGCCGCCUCCCCGUCCCCGCUCGCUACCCCUUCGUCCGCGGCGACUGCCGCGUCCGACGCAGAUUCCGCGCGUUGCUCUUGCUACUGCGACUCCCUCGCCCCCCGCCAGCGGCGCCGCGGUCGUCUCGCCUUCCCUUCGUCGGCGCGCUGGCAUCUGCUGCGCUACGGUCGGGAGUGAUGGACCCGUCCGCAAGACGGGAUCCGGAGCUUGAGCAUUCCGCGGAGAGCGCGCCGCGGGAGCCUGCGCCUGCCGAGCCUCGGCCACGACUGCCUGCGCAUCCCUCCGCAAGCGAGCCCGUUCACCGAUUCGAGCGGGUGCAGACUCUUCCCCAUCAGCCAGCCUCGCGCCUCUCCCCCCCUGAGUAUUCGUGGGCUCCUGCGCGUGUAGCGUCGAACCGUCCUGACGGUCAGCAGCCGCAGCAGCGCGGGCGCUCGCCUCAGCGUCAUCCCCAACGGCAGCCGUCUCCUCGUCGCCUAUCUCCCGCGCGUCGCGAACACUAUCAGCGCAGGGAGGGGGAUCCGCGCUCCCCUGAGCGUCCUCGCUCUCCUCGGCGCCCGUCUCCUCGUGGUCGAGCAGGCCAGCGCUCACCCCGAGCGCGAUCCCCCGCUCAACAAUCACCUCGGCGAGCUCCGGCGACGCGGGGGAAGGGGUCGCCUGGGCGUCGCUGGGAAUCAGGUCGUCGCGAGCCGUCCCCUCCGCGUCCGAAUUCGGGUGGUUCCGCUGGGCGGCGGGGCCGGCGGAAUGGCGGAGGGCGCGGCUCAUCUGGCCGCCAGCCGGAUCCUGCUCUUGAUCACGCUGCGAACACAUUCGUGGAUGUGGUGCGGCAGGCCCGGGCGAGCGGGGGGCCGACUCACGUUCACAUCGAGGUGACAAAUGGCCCUCCCUUUGCCGCGGAUCCCGGCCCGGUGGCCCCACUGCGCGCGCCGAUGUUGGCCGAGUAUCUGCCCGCGCGGGUGGGGAGACCCGACUAUCGCUCCCCUCGUCAGGUUCCUGGCUUCUCCGCUGGGUGCUUGACUGUUGGCCGCGUUCCUGGCUGGUCGGCGUCGUUUCCGCUCGAAGAGCAGACUGCACCUCACCCCAAUCCCGUGGGGAGAGACCCCAUGCUGACCAUGUGCCGGAUAUUGAAUCUGGCGGAGGCGUGCGAGGUGGUGGCGAACUUGCAGCUGGCAGUGUGUGGGGCCACCCGGAACUUUCCGAGCAGUUUCGGUCCAGGAUCCCGAGGAUCCUGCGUGACUUUGGCAGGAUCGCUCGAGUCGCCGUUGGCGCCCGUGUCGGAAGCGCCCGCCGGGGUAGCUCCCUUAGCCCGUACUUUCCCCCGCCACGUGGGGGAUCUUGUAGGGGCUGCUCAGGCCGGGACCCCCCUGGACGUGCUCCAGUCAUCGGCGCAUCUUCUUCUUGCGGUAUCGGCGUGUAUGCGCUCGAUGCUUGAGAUGGAGGGGGCGGAGCCGUACACGAUGUAG